AUGGCCGGUGUCGAUAUGCGCCUGGAAGCUGGGGCGUAUCGUGAACUGCACUGGCACGUUGCAAGCGAGUGGUCUUUGGUGCUUAACGGAUCAUGUCGCAUUCAGGCGGUCAACGAGAACGGCGAAACCUUCGUCGACGACGUGACAGAAGGUGAUGUGUGGUUCUUCCCUCCCGGUGUUCCUCAUUCCAUCCAAGCCCUAGAUGCAGGAGUAGAGUUCCUCCUCGUCUUCGACGACGGAGAUUUCUCCGAAGACAACACCUUCCUCGCAUCCCAAGUCUUCAGCCACAACCCCAGAUCCGUUCUGGCGAAGAACUUCGACCUCCCCAUCUCCGCCUUCAACGACAUCCCAGAAGACCAACUCUACAUCUUCCCCGGCACCAAAGCCCCGAAAGACAUCGAAGAGCAAAACGUAACAACAGCCGCCGGCAUCGUACCCCUCAGCCAAAGCUACUCAUACCAUUUCUCCGAGCAACCCGCCCACGAAGUCGCCGGUGGAUCUGUGAAAAUUGUCGACCCCGUCACCUUCCCCAUCGCCACAAACUUCGCCGCCGCAAUCGUGACCGUGAAACCCGGCGGCAUGCGCGAGAUACACUGGCAUCCGACCAGUGACGAGUGGACGUUUUUCAUCAAGGGUAAGGCCCGCGCGACGCUGUUCACGGCGCCUACGACGGCGACUACGUUCGAUUACCGCGCGGGUGAUGUGGGCUAUUUCCCGCAGUCGAAUAGUCAUUAUAUUGAGAAUACGGGAGAUGAGGACUUGAUGUUCUUGGAGGUUUUGCAGACGGAUAAGUUUACUGAUAUUGCCCUCGGUCAAUGGAUUGGGUCCACUCCCAAGCAGAUCGUGGCUGAUACGCUGAAGCUCCCCGAGAGUGCUUUGAGUAAGCUAAAGACGGAGAAACAGUACGUUGUUGCCGGGUCGAAUGUGACGUCUGUUGCAAAGAGAUGA